CUCGGCUCAUUAACAGGCCUAGUUGAUGCUUCAGAUAAGGUGCACAACGCCUCAUACAUCCUCAGACUUAUGGAGGAGGUGAUUGAUCAGAUUGGAGAGGAGAAUAUCGUGCAGGUCGUCACUGAUAACGGGCCGCAAUAUAAGUUGGCCGGCAGGUCUUGAUGGAGCGGCGACCACAAAUUUUCUGGACCCCAUGUGCUGCACAUUGCAUCGACCUCAUCCUGAUGGACAUUGGAAAGAUCCGUAGGGUGCAACAUACGGUGGAGAUAGCCCAACGCAUCACCAGGUAUAUUUAUAGCCAUACUUAGGUUCUUUCAUUAAUAAGAAAGUAUGCAGGGGGAGAAAUUCUUAGACCAGGAGUCACACGGUUUGCUACGAAUUAUAUUGCACUUGAUAGCCUUAUCGAGAAGAAAGGAGCCCUACGUCAGAUGUUUGUCAGUCCCGAGUGGCAGGAAAGUAGAUAUGCCCAGGCCGGCACUGAAGGAAGCAGAAUGGAAGACUUGGUAAACAGGCAGUCAUUCUGGCAGCGGACCAAUGCGAUAGUCAAGGCUAUCAAACCAUUAUAUCAAGUGCUGCGGGCCGUGGAUAGCGAGAGGUACCCCCAGAUGGGCUUUUUGUAUCACAUGAUGGAGAAGGCAAAGGCUCAGAUCAUGGAGGCAGAUGUAGCCCAUGCCUAGGAGUACAUCGACAUCAUUGAGCAGCGGUGGGGAGCCCAAAUAGGUAGAAAAUUGCAUCUAGCAGGUAAGCGAUAAUAUUGAUAAUUAUACUGAUUGAUAUAUUUGUAUAAUUAUACUAAGAUGGUGUCAUCUAUGUGCAGCAUACUAUCUGAAUCUCCGGUUUCAGUACGAGAGUGGAAUUGGUAUGGAUGAUGAACUUCUUCAUGCUCUGCGUAAUGUUAUUUAUAAGAUGGAGCCUGAUCCAGAAGUCGCCGCGUCAUGUAUAGAAGAGACCAAAUUAUUUAGAGAGGGCAGCCAUAGCUUUGGACAGCGACCAGCUGUCGUGAGCAAAACAACUAUGAAUCCAGGUACAAUACAAAUCUGCAAGACACCUCUGCAUCUGAAUUAUCUUCAACUAUGAGGCCAUCAUAUAUGUAAAAUGUAAUUAUCUUCAAUAUUUUUGCAGCUGAAUGGUGGAUUCAUUUUGGCGGAUCCGCAAAAAAUCUUAAGCGGAUAGCUAUCCGGAUCCUCUCCCAAACGGUCUCCUCGAGUGGCUGUGAGCGCAACUGGUCCACCUUCGGCCUCAUCCACAGCAAACAGAGGAACCGUUUGACACAAAAGCGCCUCAACGACCUAGUUUAUGUGCACUACAAUCUGCGGUUGAGGCUAAAAUGCAUUCAGGAGGAAGUGGAGCUCAAGUAAGCAGAUCCCAUCUAUAGAACUUUUACAGAUGAUGAUGAUAAUCCUAUGCUCGACUGGCUUGCGGCCCAGCAGCACGAGCCCGAGCUUGAUGAGCCAGGAUCGCCUCGACGACCAACCAGCAUCAUAGCCACCGAGGCUAUGGUCGAUCCACAGCAAUGGGCUGAGCGCAACAUUCCACGCACUCCUACAGUUGAUAUGACGUGGCUAGAGGGGAGCCAGUCACCGCAUGACUGGUACGAUGCUUCCGUUCAGAGAGAUGAUCCUCUCAUGCGAGGACGAGGACGCUCUAGUACCCAGUCGACUCGAUCAGGAGGGCAUCAAUCCCAGCAAAGAAGAAAAGAAAAGGAAAGGGCCCCAAUGGAGAGUGUCGAGGAGGAGACUUGGACCAGCAGCGAUGAAGGUUCUGGUGGUGAUGGAUCUACUAGCCACGGAGGAAAUAGAGGACAGUAUGGUACUACUUAUGAGACACAGCCGGAGGAAGAUUUUCGAUACACCGGUGAGUCUCAGUUUACGCAUGCUACACAAGAUACGGACCACGGUAGGCCGUCUGAUAUAGGCCGGUCGGAUACCAUUGCAUAUCAAAGAAGAGCUCCUCGAGGUCGUUCAAGAGGCCAGAAUGCAGCUGCAGAUGACCUCCCAUGUGGAGUCGGAUCCAUUGAUGUAUCAAGUUCCGAGUCUUCCUAUUAUCCGCGGCCUCAGCCAGCCUAUGGAUAUGGUGCAUCGGAGUCAUCUUCCGGUGGCUACUAUCCUGCGCAGCCCGGAGGGUCUUACGGGUCGGAUUUUGGUGCCGGCAUAUUCGGAUGGGCCCCUUAUCAAGACACCUCUCAGAGCCAGAGCUUCAGCGAGAGAUCCGAGAGUUCUUAUGACCCGACGCGCAUUCCUCGAGGAUUGAGCAUACAAGACUACAAUGCCGCUUGGUUAGAGGGAUGGAUUGAUCUGCCUCCAUAUUAUGCUGAUGAUCCAGAUAUUGACGAGAAGCAUCGCCACUCAACCCGAUUUUAGAUAUCCGAGAGUGCU